GGAUAUUGGUUAGGAGAAGGGAAGGGAUAUAGGGAAUGGAAGGGGAACGAGGGUCUACUCCACCCCCGGCCGAUUCCAUUACCGGUCCAGGACGAAGCCGAAGAGGAAGUGCAAAGUUCGGAGCCGACAAGAACAAGUUAAAGGGAUCCCAACAAGGUGAUGCUUUGUUGUUGUUGUUGUUGGCUAAUCAGGGCUCGAGCUGCCCACUGCUAACUCGAGCUCUAAUCCCUCGAUAUCUCCAAUCGAAUUACCUCUCUCCAACUUGGCUAUCUCCUGAUCGGAUCCGAUUCUUCUUGUUUGGGAUCGAUUAAAAGAAAUCGAUUUGUUGAAGUUAAU